GUCUGGAACCACAUAUAUAUAAAUAGACCUGUGGUGUGGUGCUGGUGCCAGCGGCCAGCCACGCGACCAUGAACACCGAGUACCUCAGGGUGAAGAAGCUCCAGCAGGAGGCCGCCCGGUGCCUGAGCUUGCACAAGACAAUGGAGCUGCAGCCGGAGCUGUCGCUCGGCCCUGUGUGGCCGGGCUUCGCCGCCGGUGACCUGGCCGCCAAGAGCUCCUCGUCCGAGUCUGACGGAACCUCCCGGAAGAAGAGGAAGCACUACACCGCCAGCUGGGAGGAGCCUCAGCAGCCGCCCGCGAGCCUGGAGCUCCAGCUCAACGACCCACUGCCUCUCGACUGGGAGCAGUGCCUCGACCUCCAAUCUGGGAGGAUGUAUUACCUCAACCGGAAGACGCUGAAGAAGAGCUGGGUCAGACCCCAGGUGCAGAGCGUGAACCUGGACCUCAACAUCUCCACGGCUGCCGCCAUCGACAACUGUGCCGCCAACGGUGCUGCUGCCGCUGCUUCCGACGACGAGGACGAGCCAAGGAAACCCGCUGGCACUUUGUUCUCUGGAGGCAGCAUGGUGGCCGUGCCGUGCGCCAACUGCCAUCUCCUAGUCAUGCUGUGCAAGUCCUCCCCGUCCUGCCCCAACUGCAAGUUCGUGCAGCCUCUGGCACCUGCUGUGCCGCCUGCGGCGGUGGCCCAUUGGAGGAUCGAUGCCGCCGUCAAGCCGCUGGAGACCCUGAGCCUUCUCCAUUAGGCACAUGCACUUCACCGGCAGCAGAUUGUAGAAAGGAAAUCGUAGUUACGUAGUAGUGGUGCAUGGGUUAGUAUUACUAUUACCUGGGUAAUGCAUGAGCGGUCGAAUGAAAAUUGGAAAUGUGAAACUACCGUGCAUGCAUGGUGACAUGACAAAAUACAAAAUGGUGAAGCCAGCCUCAAAUUAAACUGCAUAA